AUGGCCUCUCCCCUCAAAGGCUCAGCAACCUCUGCAGCAGCCAAAGCAGCCACCGAGACGAAAGCAGCCAUGUCGUCUCCUUCGUCUUCCUCCAGCUCCUCGAUCCGCAACUCCCCCUUCGUCAGGGCUGCUCUCCCCUUUUUCAACGGUGGCGUUGCAGGAAUGACGGCCACGGUCUGCAUCCAGCCCAUCGACAUGAUCAAAGUCCGUCUCCAGCUUGCAGGAGAGGGAGUCAAGACCGGACCGAAGCCUACCGCUAUAGGCAUCGCUCGCCAGAUCAUUGCCUCGGGACGAGUGCUCGAUCUAUACACCGGUCUCUCAGCCGGGCUGCUCCGCCAGGCAGUCUAUACCACUGCCCGUCUAGGCUUCUUCGACACCUUCAUGGGCAUGUUGAACGGCCAUGCGGCCUCCAAGGGCGAGAAGGUCACGUUUGUCCAGCGAGCGGCCGCAGGUCUCUCAGCCGGCGGUCUAGCUGCCAUGAUCGGGAACCCGGCAGACCUGGCUCUCAUCCGUAUGCAGUCUGACGGACUUAAGCCGGCCGCCUCCCGAGCAAACUACACGUCCGUCGUCGAUGCGUUGGUGCGUAUCUCGCGAGCCGAGGGUAUCACCGCACUGUGGGCCGGGGCCUUCCCCACCGUUGUUCGUGCCAUGGCCCUCAACUUCGGCCAGCUCACUUUCUUCUCGGAGGCCAAGUCGCAGCUGCAGACUCACACCAACCUGUCGGCGCAGAACAGGACGUUCGCGGCCUCUGCAAUUGCCGGCUUUUUCGCAAGUUUCAUGUCCCUUCCCUUUGACUUUGUCAAGACCAGGCUCCAGAAGCAGACAAAGGAUCCCAAGUCGGGAGUCCUGCCGUAUAAGGGGGUAUUCGAUUGUGCGAGGAAGGUCGUCCGUGAGGAAGGCUGGUUGAGGUUCUACCGUGGCUUUGGAACUUACUAUGUCCGAAUUGCUCCUCAUGCGUAA